AAUUUUAAAAAAAGGUGGCGGACUUGUGAAAAAACAGAGAGCUUCAACUUGAACUUGUGUCCUGUUCUGCCUAUAGUAUUAUACCUAACAGGACCUUACUGAGGAUUUGAAAUUAAUCUUUCUUUAAACGAAUAUGCCAAAGAAUAAGAAAAAAGCAGAAAGUUCAAGUAGCGACAGCGAUGAUGGUCCCGUGGAUAGAAACCCACCACCAGAAAAAAAGGCAAAAAUGGGGUCCAGAACAGAGGACAAAGAACCAACAUGGGUUUUACAGGGAAAAAAGUUGGUUAAAGUUAGAGAAUUUAAGGGUAAAGUAUAUGUUGAUAUAAGAGAAUUCUAUGAAAAGGAUGGAAAUUUAAUGCCUGGAAAAAAGGGAAUUAGUUUGACUCCGGAAAUGUGGAGGAAGCUAUUGUCUAUAGGUGAUGAAAUAAAUGAUACAAUAAGUUCCAUGUGUUAAAAAACCUUGUUAGAUUUUUUUACUAUAAGUAAGUAAGUAUUAAUACAGACUGUUUGAAUAAA